AUGACUGGGAAAAGCAAGGACGCGACUUCUCACCGUAAACAUCAGAAUGGUCUUCACAAUGGGAAUCACAACAACAAUAACUUCGACCAAUGUCACCAAAAAGCCGAGAAGGAGACCGGCCAUGAAUUGGUGACCCCAAUUGAGCUUAAGAGGAACAUGGGACUUGUCAGUGGGACGGCUCUCAUCGUAGGAACAAUGAUAGGAUCGGGAAUAUUUGUAUCCCCCCGGGGAGUUCUGGAGGGUUCCGGAUCGAUCGGAAUGAGUCUCGUAGUGUGGGCGUUAUGUGGACUGUUGUCACUAUGUGGAGCCCUAACGUACGCCGAACUAGGCACGGCCAUCCAGGAGUCGGGAGGGGAGCAUGCGUACUUAAAAAGAACGUUCAUGCCAAUGGGCUCACUCGGAAGACUACCUGUGUUUAUGUUCGACUGGCUGGGAGUCUUCGUCCUGCGUCCUUCAAUGUUUGCCAUCAUGGCGCUGAGCCUGGGAACAUAUGCCACACAACCCUGGUACGGUCACUGCCAGACUCCAGACUACGUCAUCAAAAUCGUCACUAUAAUGUCUAUGGGUAAGAGCAUUGUUUUCAUUAUUCCAGCUCUGGCUGGUAUUAUCAAUACAAUGAGCGUCAAUGCAGCCUUGGUGGUACAGAACACACUUACAGCCACAAAACUACUGGCGGCCGCCAUUAUCAUCAUAGGCGGGAGCGUUAAAAUCGCCCAAGGGAACACCGAGUUUAUAGGUGAAGGCUUCAAGGAUACGAAAGAAGACUUAUCAUUGCUCGCUGUGUCAUUUUAUAAUGGACUUUGGGCAUACGAUGGAUGGAACAAUUUGAAUUUGGCAACAGCAGAACUACAAAAUCCGUCCGUAAAUUUGCCGCGUUCAAUUUUGAUAGGAAUUCCACUGACCACGUUAGUGUAUAUUCUGGUCAACGUUGGUUUCUUCUCAGUCAUGUCCAAGGAAGAAGUCCUACAAGUGGACGCGGUGGCUGUGAUUUGGGGUGAACGUGUACUAGGGGAUUUUUAUUUCAUCAUUCCUAUAUGUGUUGUGCUAUCAUGCUUUGGUGCCGUCAAUGGGACUAUCUUCACAAGUGGACGACUGACGUAUGUAGCCGCUAAAGAGAACCACCUGCCUUAUGUCCUAUCAUACAUACACGUGUACAAGAAAACCCCUUUACCCUCUCUCAUAUUUACGACAGUUAUCGGAAUCCUUCUUAUCCUUCCGGGGAACCUCAGCAGCCUGAUUGAAUUUUUCAGCUUUUCUGCUUGGAUAUUUUACGGGUUGGCUGCCCUGGCGGCCAUUGUACUUCGGUUUACAGAGCCAGACCUACCUCGCCCAUAUCGAGUACCUCUAAUCAUUCCUUCCAUUGUUGUUCUGGCAUCGAUCUAUCUGCUGGUCGCCCCUAUUAUCCACAACCCCCGUGUCGAGUAUCUGUACCCCCUACUCUUCACAGCUGUGGGGGUCUUUGUUUAUAUCCCCUGCGUCCAUUAUAAAUACUCGCCUCGGUGGGUCGGGUGGUUCUCAGAAUUUCUUCAGAAAUUGCUCCUUAUCUUUCCCACUGACACUUAUUGAUCUCAUGGACUUACCACUUAUCUUACUGUGGUACUACAUAAUGUAUCGUACCAAUAACAAACUCUUUGAAUGAUGUAAGGACGAUUCGCAUUUGAAACGUUCAUUUGUGAACAACCUUGAUAAACUUAAUCAAGGUAGUGUUUUAAUUAAUGAAAGGUGUUGUGACUGAAUAUUAAUUGGUGACCCGGUGAAUAUUGGGUCAAUUUGUUUUUGUUUUUUCUUAAUAAUUAGAUGAAACGUAUUCAAUGACCUGAUUUGCAUGGAUUCUUAAAUAAAUGAAUAAUAAUUGCUCAUUUCUCUUUCUGUCAACAAUAAUAAUAGCUUGAUAGAUGUAUGAAUAUGAUAUGAUUUAUGAAGAAUUCAUUUUCAAUCUGUGAUGUAUUCUUGUUGGCGAUGAAUUGUAUUUUGUCAAUGAAAAUAUACACUUCCUCCUUAGCCGUUUCCAUAUCUUUCCUCUGUUUUACUUGUUAGUUUAUGCAAUAUAAAUGGAGCACGAGAAGUCAACUUGCGUCAAUGCAAAUAUAAUUUACUGUAAAAUGACGAGAAAGUUAAAACUUAGCCACUACUCUCAGUACAGCACUCAUGCUGAAUUUUAAUUUAUUUAUUAACGUGUUAUAUCAAAAUUCCAAGUAUAUAUGUUCUGAAGACACAUAUCAUUAUGUCUUUCGUAUCCCGGUAGCAGGUGUGAUUCUAUUUUAGGAGUAAGCGAUAGACUGUAUACUUGUAAUAUAUGCAUCAGGUGUUGGUAUAUUUUGUUUAUAUUGAUAACACUCAUACAAUCAUUUUAUUGUUUGUUGCCAUAUUUUGUUUGUUUAUAAUAUGUCUAUUGUUGGUAGUCUGUAUUCUUUUUCUAAAUGUUUGUUGACAUAAAUAUUUACAAGAUUUAAGGUACGUUAACGUAUCGAUCGAAAGCUGCACGAUCGUCGUGCAUUUAAUUAAUUUUAAUACAAUGUUCACUUCUUACGCGUUGUUUAAACCACCGUAAUGUUAUAUCAUCAUCUUGUUGAAGCUAUAAAACAUGGCCAUGUUUGUGGAGUAACAACACUGGCGGAAUUAAUUAUCAUUAACUAAAUUACAUACAGAUUUAUGUACAAACCAUGUUUUAUGAAAGGUCUUAAGACAUUUCAUACUACUUUGUAUUCUUUGUACUAUUUACAUGGUAUUGUUAGUUUGUUAAUACAUAAGCAAUGUCAGUUUUCAUGACGUCACACGUUAUCAUUUAAGAAACAACAUAUUUGAACAAAUAAAAUCAUCAUGGUAGUUGCCUUCGCUUACGUUUUCAGGCCUAGCGGCCAUCUUUAGGCGAUUGUUUAUAUAUAUAUAUAUAUUUAUAUAUCAGAAUUACGUUAUUAGACACCUUCUAUGAAAUAUAUGAGAAAUGUUGUAUAUCAUCGAAGCCAUACUAUUCAGUAAGUUAUAUAACCAGUGUCGUUGAUGCAUAAUAUGCGUAAUAUUGUAAUUUAACAUGUUAGGAUCGGUAUUACAGAUAUAGUAUCUAUCUAUAAAACAGCUGUGAUGCAUAUACAGUGACAUUUUAUCAUUACUUUUCGUUACUAUACUUGUAUCAUUGAUACAAAUGCAGAUACGAUAUCUAACAGCAAACGUAACCAUCGGCAGUAUACUAUAACACUUUGAUAUCAUGUGGGUAAUUUUGUAUAUAUAUAUACGUAAUAUCAUUGCUAAAGAUGCAAAAAACAUCACAUGUUAACAGUGGAACAACAUUAUAUCAUUUUUCAUAAUUUAUCUGUAUAUCGUCUAUAUUUUUCACAAAAUAAUAUUACAUGACGUCAUAACUUACCUGUGUAACUUCAGAUUGUUGCACAAUUUAAUUCCAUAGCGCCAUCAUUUAACUGUAUCUUCGGAAUGGCUUUCAACAACACUAUUACAUGACGUCAUUAUUUACCUGUAUAUUUUCCCCUUACUACUAUUGCAUGACGUCAUCAGUUACUAGUUUAUUAUCCGAGUAGCUAGUGCAAUAAUAUUACAUGACGUCAUAAAUUACACAUAUAUAUUUUGUAUCUUGUACACAAUAACCUUCCAUGACGUAAUCAUUUACUUGUAUAUAUUACGUAUUGUUUAGACAAUAUUAUUACAUGACGACAUCAUUUACCUGUAUAUCUUCCGUAUAGCUAAUUGAAUAUUUCAUGACGUCAUCAUUUAUAAAUAAUAUUACAUGACGUCAUAAUUUACCUGUGAAUCUUCCACAUUGUUUACAUAAUUAUAUUAUAUAACAUCAUCAUUUAUAAAUAGCAUGAAAUUUCAUCAUCAUUUACCUUUGUAUCUUCCGUAGGUUUUAAACACAGAUGACGUCAUAAUUUAGUCAAUGCUUUUACAUGACGUCACCAUUUACACAGUAAUAUUACAUGACUAUAUUAUUUAAACAGAAGUUGUUACCUGGUAUUAUUUAUUUGAUAUGAUAUCAGUUACAAUAAUUAAGAUAUUAUUUAUCAUUAUACAACCAGUUAAGAAAAUAAAAGACUCAUGACAAUCUUGUUCUGCGUGGUCAUAUUAUCAGCGUUUUCAAUUUUGUAAUCAAUAAUACUUCUUCCUUAAUAAAUACUGACGACGUUCUCACUGCCUAAAAAUCUUAUCAAGAAGGAAGUAUGACAUAAGCUAUUACGUAAGCGAAGAUAAACUUUUUAUUAGCUUUGGCUGCAAGGGAAAUGCAUUGUCAUCUUGCGAUGUCAUGAUAUUGUAACAUGUUUUUUAUAUAAUAUUUUCCGGUUCGAAGGCUGAUAAGCAGGCUAUUGAUGUUAUUAGAGAAAAGCAGGACCUCAAUCUUGUUUUUAACCUUACUGUUUACUUUGCUCUUGUUUAUAACCUUGUUAUCAGAAACAUCUACUAUAGCGAAUAAAUUCUGAAAAUACAACCGCAUAUUAUAUAAUCUUUUAAUAUAACCCUAUAACGUUAGCAGUUUCUUUUUGAUAUACUUGUAUACAGUCCGGAAAUAAAGAGACUGUUAACUAUUGAAAUGAAAUGCUGGGACCAUUUUCCAGAAUUUUUCAUUCGAAUGUGUUUUGGGUAGCGUCACAUAGUGUUCAAUUUGUUCUUUAAUGAACUUUAUUAUAAAUAAAAGAAAUCAUCUAUCGACUCCCAGCUCCAUUUAUCAUAUUUACUAUUCAGUCGAUGUUGGGUUGACUGAUUGUUGUGAUUUUACAGACGUUGGAUUUUCGACAUAUAAUGUCAAACUGGAUUAGAGUCGGCUGUCGCUAUUUACAUUAGUUUAAACUGAUGUUUUGGAAUCACUUGGACAUUAAAUCACUUGGACAUUAAA